AGCAGCAAUGAGUAGUAGCUCUCUCUCCCACGUCCCAUCCUCUUCAUCAUUUUCCUUAGUUUUCCUUCUCUUGUUUUCAGCUCUUCUCCCCCUAAGUUCUGCUUCAGCUGGUCAUCAAUUCUCAAAUGGGCUGUGCAGGUCCAAAAGGUGCAAGGCUCCCCAUAAGCACCCUCCACCCCAUCAGCUACCAACUGAUCAUUCACCACCACCAUCUCAAACCAGCUCCCCUCCAUCAGUAUCUCCUUCCUCUCCUCCUCCUAGUAGUUCUUCACCACCACCAUCUCCAACUAGCUCCUCUCCAAGCAUAACUCCAUCUUCCUCUCCAGAAACAUCUCCUUCCUCUCCCCCUCCCAUUUCUUUAUCACCAACUAUCUCCCCUCCAAGCAUAACUCCAUCUUCCCAGCCUCCAAGUGUUGAACAAACACCAUCUUCCCCUCCAGAAAUAUCUCCUUCCUCUCCCCCUCCUAGUACUUCAUCACCACCAUCAUCUCCAGCUAGCUCCCCUCCAAGCAUGGAUUCAUCUUCUCCUCCAAGUAUUGAACCAGCAAGACCAUCAUCUCCAUCACCAGCAGGCUUCUCUCCAUCAAUAUCUCCUUCCUCUCCCCCUCCCAAUACUUCAUCACCACCACAAUCACCAACUAGUUCUCCUCCAAACAUAACUCCAUCUUCCUCUCCAGAAGUAUCUCCUUCCUCUCCCCCUCUCAGUACUCAAUCACCACAGCUAUCACCACCUACUACAUCACCAAUUUUGUCUCCGAGCACUUCACCAGCUCCCACAACCUACAUAUCUCCAACUCCAUCAGUUAGUACUACUCCAGCUCCUGGACCUGAUGGUUCUGUGGUUAAUGACCCUCUGAAAUCACCACCACCACCACCUCCAAACUCAUCUGCUCCCCCACCUGAUGAUGACGAUGACGUCCCGUGCCCCCCACCUCCGAAUAGAAAGCUAAAAUAAAGAUCACAGAGAGCAGUAGCUUUCCUAGAAGCUGUAGCCCCCCACCUCCGAAUAGUACUGAUCGGAUUUUAUAUGAAAAGUGCAGCCUUCUAUCUAUGUUAAGACUUUCUUUUGCGAGUCGCUAUCUAUAUUAAGAGUUUAGACUAUGUUGUUCCAUUGUUGAAUGCAUUAAUGCUAAUUCUACGAAACUUGUUUCAUGCUAAUUCUGCAAUGCUUUUUUCUUUUUAUCCUA